CCAAGAUGGAUUCGAGCAACUUGGGCCCCCGAUGCAAAAAUUACAGCUUAUAACCCCGUAUUCGGCUCCUGCAUUGAAGGCAAGGCAAGGCACAAUCGCUGUAGGGAGGAAGCGAGGAAGACCAAAGAAAACGUGGAUGGAUAACAUCAAAGAGCGGACCGACCUCACAACACCUCAACUUAUCCGGAAGGCCGAAAACAGAUCUACUUGCGCACGCGUCACUGCUGCCAGCUGCCAUGGUGCCCCUACGACCUUAGGUCAUGGGUCUUAGUAGUGGUAGUAGUAGGCCUACUGUAGUAUUGAAAGUGCAUUUCAUUCAAGAAAUAACAGCAUUUCAUAGGCCUUUACUAUCACGAUGGACAAAUGUGGAAGCUUCAAUAAAAGGGGAACAUAGGCAAAAGCUAUGAGUUCUAAUGUGGUCUCGCAGUGAGGUUUUUACUCCCUAGUUUUUGUAACACACAGUAUAAUAUCACAACGUAGUUACAAUAAAUCAAGGUGAUGGCAGCACCAGCCAGCAUAGAAUUAAAACUUGUAAGCUCGAUAGCAGGUUACCUAUUCUCCGAGUUAUGUAGAGUCCGUUGUACCGUAGUGACCCGCACACCCUGGACAAGAGGUUGAAUAGUUGGUGUACAUUAAGAGGAUAUAUCAAUACAUUGGAAACUUCCUAAUAAACCUGUGUUAACAGGCGAAAUAACUCAAAAUGGCAUGGAACCAAGGCGGAAACCCAGGCUAUAAUCCAAGUGCGCCGAUGCAAGGUGGUUAUGGACAGCCCACAGGUGCAGGCUAUGGACAGCCAGCCAGAGCACAGUUUGGGCAGCCAGCUGGUGCAGGCUAUGGGCAACCAGCAGGAACAGGGUAUGGGCAACCAGCCGGAGCGGGGUAUGGACAACCAGCCGGAGCGGGGUACGGACAACCAGCUGGAGGAGGGUACGGGCAACCAGCCGGCUAUGGAGGACAUGGCGCCCCUCCACCAGCUCAAUACCGACCCCCAGGUCAAGGAGGGCAGGGUUUUGCCCCAGCUUCUCGGCCGCCACCACCUGGAGUGGAUCCAACUCUCUGGGGUUGGUUUCAGGCGGUUGACCAAGACAAUAGUGGUAAAAUAACAUCAAAUGAACUCCAACAGGCAUUGCUCAAUAACAACUGGAGUCAUUUCAAUGGGGAGACGUGUCGAUUAUUGAUAGGAAUGUUCGACAGGGAUAGGUCUGGGACCAUUGAUGUGCAUGAAUUCCAGUCUUUAUGGCAGUACAUCCAACAAUGGAAAAGUUGUUUUGAUGGGUUUGAUCGUGAUCGUUCAGGAACAAUUGAUGUCGGAGAACUCUCUCAAGCCUUAACAAGUUUUGGAUAUCGUUUAUCGAUGCAAUUUUGCCAAAUGGUGAUCAUGACGUUUGACCGACACAGCCAAGGGACUAUCAAAUUUGAUUCCUUCAUCCAGUGUUGUACAAUGAUCAAAUCUUUGACGGAUAAAUUUCGACAUUUUGAUACGAGCCAAAAUGGUGUCAUUCAGAUUCAAUAUGAACAGUUUCUUGAGAUGGUACUAGACAACACACUUGCCGGCCUUUGAUGAAGCUGCAGGAUCAUACCGACAUCAACUGGUGCAAAACAGAGACACAAACAUGCUUUCGGCAGCUGAACAAUUACAAAAGAGUAUUCAUAUAAAGAUUUGUGCAUUGUGGUGUCACCCCUAUGAAAGGGCUAGCCAGGUUGAUGGCUUAUGCUCUUUAUUUCAAAAGCUGGGCGCCCUUUUGCACUGGGACGUUGAGCUUGGUGUGGAGCCUUCCCACACAUACUCUCAUUUAACCGAUCUAAGAUUCAAUAACUAGUUAUAUUAUGCACAUUGUCAUUAGGUGCCAUUCAAAAUGUUUCAUUUGGAUAGUAAAUGGGUUGGUGACAUCAAGAUGUCCAAUUGUCUUCACAUCAUUCUCCAGCUUGGCGUUUCUGUAGUUUCUGUAGCAGUAAAUGUAGUGGUCUUUGAUUAAUUGAACCAGUGUAAAUUUGUUGAUAUGUACAUUCUGUAUAUUGUUUUCAUACAUACAUAACAGGACUACCUUUGUGCUAGACAGUGCAUGGACAUUCAUUUGAUCUUUUGCAAGUAAAUGUUGUAAUAUGUAGAUUUUGUAAACAUAUUUUCAUGUAUCUACCAAUGUGCUCGACUUAGUCCUUUGGCUUCAUUCAGGCUGUAAGUUCCGUUUCACACAUCCCGAUCUUUGAAUACGUCUUCAUGUUCAAAGGUGUAACAACUGCACAGCACUAUCUUCACUUUAUUUCCUCAAUUCAAUGUAUAUUUCUGUUCUUAGUUGUGACUUUAGUAUUGACAAACCUACCAGUAUUGUUUAUACACUCUUCUGAACCCACUACAAUUCCGCUGGUGUUAUAUCGGUUAGUGUUCAUCUCGAGUCCCUCUUGUCAGUGUAUUGAUAAAAAAUCUGGCAAUACGGUGAAUGGAAACCUGGUUACAGGAAAUGUUUUGAGUCAACAGAACCUUAAAUAUUUAUGGGUUUCCAGAACACUCAUGAUAGAGACCAGGCCCAUCAUUUGUUUUUUCCCAGAGUCAGUCUCAAAUUUAAAAUCCUAACUUGUUCUUAGACUUAUUGCUGACAUAUUCUUGACAUUGGGUAUUGCAAAUGAUUAUCAGAUCCUCUAGGCAUUGGAACUAGAAAAAAUUUGGUUGCAUUUUAAAAUAGUACUUUAAUUUAUGAUAUAUUUUUAUAUAUGACGACUUCAUUCUUCUAAUAGAAUUUCAUUUCUUAUGUUAAAAGCAUGAUUGAUACAUGACGAGGUAUCUAAUAAAAAUUCUAUUCAUA